AUGACCGAUACGGUGGAGUCCUCUGGAGGGCCCGGCGAUGACGAGAUCAAGCCAUAUCGCAUUCAUGUGUCGAGCAAGUAUCUCGAUCUCACCAAGCGCAAGCUUGAGCUCACGAGGCUUCCCCAUGAAGUCCCGAAGCCCACGUCGGCGGACUGGUGGGAACCCAAGCCCCAGGUCGAGCCCUUGAUCGACUUUUGGAUGGAACAGUAUUCGUGGAGGCAGAAAGAGGAAGAGUUGAACGAAAAGCUACCUCAGUUCCGUAUCAAUAUCAGCGUGCCUGACGCAGAGGCGCCUGUGAGGAUUCACUUCAUCCACGUCCGCUCAUCAAGGCCAGCCGCCGUGCCUCUGCUGCUGCUGCCGCCGUUCCCCUUCACGAACCUUUCGCUGGGCCACCUCGUCAAGCUCUUCACCGAACCCGAGGAUGUCGAUAACGGUCAGCCCUUCCACCUUGUCAUCUCUGCCCUUCCCGGUCUCGGCUUCAGCGAUGCGCUCCCAAGUUCCGCCUCAGCCAUCUCCGCGACGACCGACAUCCUCAACACCCUCAUGACGCGCCUGGCGUACCCGCACUACCUCGUUUCGAAUACAGGGUCUGCCUCCUCGAGCCCGGCCGAAAUUGACUGGCAGCUCGCCAAUCAACUUGCGAAUCAGUACCCCUCGUCCUGCCUUGGCACCCACCUCAUCCAACCGCCCCUCGCCGCGCCGAAACCCCAGUCUGCACCGUGGGAAUGGGCUAAGUGGAAGCUCGCCAGCUUCUUCCAUGCCCCCAUUCUCGGCUACGAAAAGGCCGACUUCGCCGCCCUCAGCCGCCGCGCCGCCAGAUCACCCUCGUUGAGAGGUCCGGACGCUGGAGCGACGACAAACGUGAAGAAGGGUGCGACGACCACGCCCUCCCAGUUCGGCCUCCACAAGGUCGGGGUCCUCGAACCGAACACGCUCGCCUAUGCGCUCUGCGACUCCCCCGUCGGCCUCCUUGUGUUCGCCCUCAAGAGCCUCCGUACGCUGGGGCCCCGCACUGACUUUACCCCCGCCGACAUUGUCACGCUGGCCAUGCUCGCGUGGCUACCAGGGCCCGAGGCGGCGCUGCGGUUUUGGGCGCACUGCGUAGGGCGGUAUGCCGAGGCUCGAUCCGAGCAUACGCGGCCGAGGGUCGCCAUCACCGUAUUCCUCGGCGACGAGGAGGAGGCCGGAGCCAGUGAAGGGGAUGUUGAGAUGGCGAAUUUGCCCCGUCCUGCUGCGAGUGUGUAUUCGUGCCCUGGCUGGGCGAACUCAGGAUAUGCCGUAGUGCACACCAACCGCGCGCCCGUGGCGUGCGUGACGGGGCUGGCGAAGCGCAUCCUUGCGCAAGACGCACGCUUGAAGCCCGCCAAGGAACCGGAGACGGUUCCCCUGGAUGGUGUCGCCGUCGUUCAAGAGGUCACUGCGCCGGCAGCAGCAAGAGCGGACGAGGAAAUUGGCUCGCGGACCACGGCCCCUGAGUCUAAGAUCGCCGGUACCAUUCCCUUAAGCCAACUCCUGCAACCGCCAGGACCGACGCAAGGGAUCCCGGGGACCUCGCGGCGCUCCUCGGAUCUCAAGGAUGGCGGCCUCGACCUAGACAGCGCGACCAGCCCGGACACGCUCGUCGUGACGCCGCCAGAGGCUUUUGCAAAAGCCGUCACGCCUGACGAGAAAGAAAACAAGGAUGUGACGCCCUUGUAA